AUGCUAUGGCGAUACUGGAGUCCAUUGCUCCUAUUCAGCUACAUUGCCACACUCAUACUAGCAGAACAGGUUAAAUUUGACAUUUAUGGAGACAGCAACAACUUCCCACCAAUUGGAGAUACCAACAACAACAACAGUGCCACCACUCUUGCAUCCAAAUAUGGAACCAUUGCCAAUAAUUCAUUAUUGUGGGGUCCAUACCGAUCAGCAUUGUAUUUCGGAAUCCGACCAAGAAUCCCCAAAUCUUUACUUUCCGGAUUAAUGUGGUUCCCCAUUACUGAUUAUAAAUCGAUGGGUAAGAUCCGUCAUUUUUAUGAACAGUUUGAUCGUAUGGGUAGAGCCAAUUGGAUAUCGUAUGAUCCAAGGAUUGGUGGCCGCCAAUUGAUCCAAGAUGAUGAUUUACAGUUUGAUAUUAUUAUUGAUUUUAUUAAAUCGCAAGAAGGAUUAUCAUGGGCAGUUAAAGUUAAAGCUGUACCUCAUAGAGGCAAUGAAGACGGUAUGAUUUCGUUUGUGUGGUAUACAGGAUUAGAAGGCGAAAAGAAUGAAGUGGAUGAAAUCACGGGUCAAAGGGAAAGAAGUGGAUAUUUCCGAUUAGAUAAUAGUGCCAAAGACGGAGGAUAUCAAGGGAAACUCACCUUUGGUGGAAUAUCGGAAGAAUUGGGAGCAUUUAGUCUUGAAAUAAAUGAUGGACCUAGUAGUAAUAAACACCCAAGGGGCAAGGCAGGGGCCGGUAGAGAAUUAGAUCCAACAUUAACUCAUCAUUUGAGUCUUACUGUGCCUGAUGGCAACGUAUGGCAAGCUCGUGAUAUAUUUGUUACAAUCUUGCAAGAGUCAAUCGGCCAAAUUUCCGAGGCAAACAAUGGCAAAGUUGAUCAUUUACCUCCUGAGAAUUUAUUCAUUAUUCGAGAUUUGUACCACUUUGAAGGUAAUUUACAUUUUGUUCAGAAAAUUUAUCAAGGUGCAUGUGAAUUUGAUAUCAUUUAUACAAAUGUAUUCACGCCUGAUGCUGAUAAAUUAACUUUUAAUAAUAUUGACCAUCGAAUUGAAGAAUCUUUACAAAAGUUGGAUAAUGAUUUCGCUAGUCAUUUCCAAAUACAGCCGCCGUUCAAUUCAAAGCCAUAUUACGAGUUCGCCAAGGAAAUGUUAUCCGGUUUACUUGGUGGAAUAACCUAUAUGUAUGGUGACCAUUUAGUCGAUAGAGAGACCAUAUUUGACGAAGAGACAUUUGAAUCAUAUCAAUUGAAAGGAUCAUUUGAAGGGCCAUAUGAAUUGUUUACUUUGGUUCCAUCGCGCCCAUUUUUCCCUAGGGGGUUUUAUUGGGAUGAAGGAUUCCAUUUGUUGCCGUUAUUAGAUUACGAUUCUGAUUUGGUGUUGGAUGUUGUUAAAUCAUGGUUUAAUUUGAUUGAUGACGAUGGAUGGAUAGCUAGAGAACAGAUUUUGGGGACCGAGGCUAGGUCAAGAGUGCCGAAAGAGUUCCAAGUUCAAAGUCCGCAUAUUGUUAAUCCACCGACAUUGACUUUGGUCUUGAGUAAGUUGCUUGAUUUUGCUGCUUCGGGAAAGGGAGAUAUUGAUUCAUUUGGAAAUAUUGACGAACCAGUGGAUUUAAACGAAGGUGAUGUUCCCUUGGGUAAAUUUAUCUUGAAUAAUCCUGAAGUUUUGGUUAACUAUACCAACGACGUUUAUCCUAAGUUGAAAUCACAUUUUGAAAUGUUUCAAAGAACGCAACAAGGGUUUAUUCCAAACGACGAAGAAGAAGAGGGAACGGGUGUUUCUGAUGCAAUUAAAAACUCGCGAGUAUAUCGCUGGAGAGGCAGUACAUUGACUCAUUGUCUAGCUAGUGGAAUUGACGAUUACCCUCGUGCUUCACCUCCUGACAUUAGCGACUUGAACGUUGAUUUAAUCUCAUGGGUUGGCGUCAUGGCCCGAUCACUUCGUUUAAUGGCUGAAAUAUUACAUAAAGAUGAAGCUGAAGUGGCAAACUUGAAGCAAAUUGAACAAGAUAUUAUCGAUAAUAUCCAAUCCGUGCAUUGGUCAUCCAAUGACGAGGCAUAUUGUGACGUGACAUUGAAUGAAGACGAUGAAUUGGUUCAUGUUUGUCAUAAAGGAUACGUGUCCUUGCUUCCAUUUAUAACCAAAUUGAUCCCCGUCGAUGAUGUCACCAAAUUGGCAAAUGUAAUUAACCUAAUCACUAACCCCAAUGAAUUAUGGUCAGAUUACGGUAUUCGAUCAUUAUCGAAAUCAGAUGAAUUUUACAAGACCAAGGAAAAUUAUUGGCGCUCACCAAUUUGGAUCCAUAUCAAUUACUUAAUUUUACAAAAUAUUAAAGAUUAUUACCAGGAUUCGUCAAGUUACUUGUCAAAUGAAUUGAAAAAGAAGUUUAGUGACGCCUAUCACGAUUUAAGAGUCAAUUUGAUUAACAAUGUGUAUAAUCAAUGGCAGAAAACGGGGUUUGUUUGGGAACAAUAUGAUGAUGAGACUGGCGAAGCAAAGGGAGCUAAAAACUUUUUGGGCUGGACAUCAACUAUUUUGUUGAUUUUGACCAUGCCUGAGAGGAUAUAG